AUGGCUGGACGUAUACGAGGAUAUCUCGCUCGGGCAGGGCGACGUCUCCUUGGGAGCCCAUCUGCGCCCCGUGUCAAAGUCGAGCCGACGCCGAUCAUCCUCUCCUCUCCGUUACCAUUCGCCAACUCCGCGACCACCUCCACAUCCUCCCUUCCGCGUUUCGUCCCUCCUGUCCCAUACGCCGUGUUCCUCCCCUCACCUGAGCCCGUGGGUGACACGCACGUCACGAACGGCGCCAACCUAUUCCCUGCGUUUGCACCCUCCUCGCCGGAGCCCCUGCCUCAAGUGACGCCGGACUUACUCAAAUAUCUGCCGCCGAAGGAACGUAGGGCGGAGAUCGUCCGAUGUUUCGAAGAGACCAUGGUCCUGCACCCGAGCUUCCACGUCGGACACUGGGCGAAGCGCGUCGAGGCGAUGUUCACUUGGAGUGAGGGUGGCCCCGCCAGCGCCAGUCCCGUGCAGGCCAACGUCAGCACCAGCGAGAGCAUGCGCAAGCUCGCGCACGACGUGUUCUUCGGGCCGCCCCCAGGCAAGAAGGCGAAGACAGCACAACCGAAGCCGACGCUGAACUUCUUCGCGAGCGCGUGCGCCGGGCUCGCGCUCGGUGCGCUCGUCGCAGCGAAGGGGAACCCGGAGGCGCCUGGCAUGUCGCCGUCGUCGCACUCGGGCUCAAGACCGGGGACGUCGUCGGGCAGGGACGAGCCGAGCGAGGCGGAGCGGUGCAAUCCCGCGGCGCUGUUCGCGCUCUCGGAGCAGACGCUCGGGCUUGCGGAGCGCACGGCGGCGUACGACGUCGACUCGGUGGGCGCGAUGAUCCUCCAGUUGCUGUAUCUGCUGCACUGUUGUCCGGGCGGGACGAGCGUGCAGCAGGGCGUGUUCCCGUUGGUGGGGAAGAUGAUCAACGUCGCGAGGAUGAUGGGCCUUGCGAACGAUCCUGACGAGUUCCCGGGGACGUACUCCUUGUUUGAUGCAGAGGCGCGGAGGAGGGUGUGGUGGGAUGUGUUCUACUACGACCUCUUCGUUUCGGAUUGUAUGGGACACCCGCCGUUGAUCCCCGACAACUCUUUCACGACGCGUCUGCCCGCGGACGUGGACGAAGAUGCGUUCGGCCCGAGUUCGACGAUACUGCCGGGCGUGUCUGAGACCGGUGAUGGGGCAGACAAGGGCUCUGCAUACUUUGUGCUCAAGUGCAGGUGA